GUUUGGCAUUGUGUUGUUUUGUGUGCUGCAGUGAAGUUUACUUGUCGUUCUUUUACACUAUGUGGUACCGUUUUCUUAUGAAAUAGAAUGCGGGAAUGAUAUUGGACAUUCGUGGUGCAAAAAGAACUCGUCCUUGAGUGAGUCUCGGUACGCCCGAAAAACUCUCAUCAUGAAGGCCUUCAUCGACUUCGACGAGUGUCUGCGAGAUACGCCAAAAUUCCGAUCAUGCAUAGAGGAUGUCGAGAACAACAUAGAUCAGCUCGAGCAAAAAUUAGAUAAGGUUUUAAAAAACUGUAGUUCAAUGAUCGAUGCUGGCAAGAAUUUCGUGGGACAGCAAAGCCAAUUCUCGAACAGUCUCUGGGAGUUAUCUCUCUACUUUGGCGAUGAUGCAGAGAUAAUGGCAUUUUUAAACAAAUUGAUUCACGCCCUACAAGAAAUGAACAAGUUCCAGACAAUCUUGCUAGAUCAAGCAUCCAGAACUGUGAUUAAAGAUCUGAACUCUUUCGUGAGAAGUGAUAUAAAAAAAGUGAAGGAAUCUCGACACCAUUUCGAAAAAAUAUCCGGUGAUUUGGACAUCGCCUUAAAUCGGAAUUCGCAAGUGCCGAAAACUCGCCCUGUGGAAUAUGAGGAGACCUCGAAUAUUCUCUCAGCUACUCGAUCGUGUUUUCGUCACACUGCUUUGGAUUAUGUUCACACGUUAACGAUGUUGCAGGCCCGUAAGCGGCAUGAAAUACUGGGGACUUUAUUGAGUUACAUGCAUGCUUAUAUCACGUUCUAUCAUCAGGGAAGUGACUUGGCUCAAGAUUUGGACCCUUUUCUCAAAACCCUCAGUGAUGAUCUGAGCAGGAUGAGAGGUGACUCAACCAAACUGGAAAAGGAAAUGGAAAAUCGACACAUUUACGUCACCAACCAGGAUCUCGUCCCCUCGCAGAUGUCCGGUAAUCAAAAGAUGGAAGGGUAUUUGUUCAAGCGGACGAGCAAUGCUUUCAAAACUUGGAACAGGAGGUGGUUUUGCCUGAAAGAUCAUCAGCUGGUGUACCGCAAAAGAACCGGGGACAGCGAUUUCACGGUUAUGGAAGAGGAUUUACGUUUGUGUACGGUGAAACCUGUUGUCGACUGCGAUAGGAGGAAUUGUUUUGAAGUUCUCAGUCCCACUAAGAGCCACAUGUUGCAAUCAGAUAGUGAAGAGAUGUACUUAGCAUGGAUAAGUGCAAUGCAACAAGCUAUUGGGGCAGCUAUUCAAAGAGGGAUGGGCACCGUGUCGAAUGUUAAUACUCUCUAUGUUCAAACGCACGACAGUAAAGGACCCAUAAGACCUCCACCUAAACCAAAAACUAGAGUUUGGGAACAGUUGCUGAAAAUACCAGGAAACGAUCUUUGCUGCGAUUGCGGUGGUGAUAAUCCAAGAUGGGCUAGUAUAAAUCUUGGAAUCACUCUCUGCAUUGCCUGUUCGGGUGUUCACAGGAGUCUCGGAGUUCAUUACAGCAAAGUUAGAUCUUUGACUCUCGACGAUUGGGAGCCAGAAAUACUUAAAGUUAUGGCUGAGUUGGGAAACACGGUUGUCAACAACGUAUACGAAGCUUUGCCGAUUCCUCCCGAUAUUACGAGAGCAACCGCAAAAUGUAACGGAAAUAUUCGCGAGGCAUGGAUAAAAGCCAAGUACGUUGACCGAAAAUUCGUGAAACCUUUAACGAGUCUAAUAACAGGACAACACACGAGCCGAGAAUCGAUGCACUUUCGCAAAUGGAGCGUCCGAAAGCUUCGAAGAAGGCCCCGAAGUCGCGACAAAACUGACGUAACUGGACAAAAUAAAAUGUCCACUUUAACUGCUGUUAAAGAAGCCAGAUCUGGAAGUUCUGAUGGGACAAAUUCAACCGAGAGCUUGUGUUCCAUUGAGAAAAAUAAGCAAAUCGAAAGGGAUUCUUUCAGUUCGGAGGAAAUGACACAAGCAGAACUUAAAAACGAAUCUACCCUCUAUAACAAAAUUCUCACUCGAUCCUCACUGCCAAAAUUAAUCGACACUGAUCUGGAAAAUGCAGGAUUAUUAUCGCUAAUGGAAACUAGGCCUUCUCAGGGGAAUUCCGACUGCAAUUUAUCUUUGAAAAGCGACGAUUUUUCGCUCUCAGGAAUUACGAAUGAUGUUUGCGAUCGAUCAGAGAACAAAGAUAGCGGAACUGAGAAGUUCAAGGAGAAGGUGAAGGAGUCUGAUGUUCUCCUCUUUGGCUGUGAUCUACCGAAACCGAUGAUAGAAGGGAGUUUAGAACUGAGUUCGGAUCAGGAUUCUACGGCUGGGGAAGAAGAGGAGUUUGCUGAUGAAGAAGAUAUUCAAAAUUUACAUCCGGAAAUGUUGCUUUAUAAGGCUGCUGCUGCGCAUAAUCUCCCUGUUAUGUGCGCCGCUUUGGCUGCUGGUGCAGAUAAAUUAUGGUUGAAUAUUAACGACAGAGGGCGCAAUGCAAUUCACCAAGCGAUCAUCAGUGGUUCCGUAAUGUCCUGUGAGUAUCUGCUCUUAAACGGGGCUAAAAUAAAUUGCCAGGAUGCUGAUGGGAAAACACCAUUGUACUUAGCUACAGAAUUAGGUCACACAGCCCAAGUAUGUUUAUUAUUAAAACAUAAUGCAGACCAGCAUAUUUACGACGAAUUAGGCGUAAAACCAUAUGAGAUUGCGUUAAAAGAAGCCAAUGCAGAUAUCGUCACUUUAUUACGGCUCGGAGAACUGAACGAACAAAUGAAAGAUUCAGAAGUCGGUGCCUCUGGAGACGAUACUUUCAUCGACGUUCUUCGUGAUUACAGCCAAAUGGCUUGUUCACAUCCCGAGAGACUUCAGCGCAGAAACGACUAUAAUAAUUCGGACGCCCCCGAAUGAUUUUCAUUGAGCUGGCCGCGCAGAAUCUUCGAGUAUUUAUUAGAUUCGCGAUCUAAACACUAAAAAGCGCCCAGACGAGAGGUGAAAAUAGAACGAGUUUGCGGUUUCCGGAUGAAAAAAAAAACAAAACAAAAACAAAAAACAUAAAACUAUCGCUCGUAAAAGGAAAAAGGUAAAUAUGAGUUUCCAACCAUUUUAAUUCGUACCUGAAUAGAACAUGAUAUUGAAAAUAAGCAUAAUCGCACCUUCAUCGAAAAUAUUCAAUUCUAAUUGGAAUUGCUUCUACGCAAUCUCAAUUAUUUUAGAUUUGAAUCAAAUCUUUGUCGAAUCGAAAGGAAAAUACCUUUUACAAAAAGUACAACAUCGAAAAAUGAAGGCUUAAAAAAAGUCGAAGAGUGACUUUGAAAAAUGUUAUAAGCUAAGGCCUUAAUGAAUUUGAAAAGCAGAAAGUGGCUCUCAAAUUAAUUGCAUUUGCUAAAUUCUGCGAUAGCUUUUAUGCUUCCUACUUAUACAAUUCAACGAACGAUGGAGAAUAUUUGAAACCAUCUAUUUUUUAUAUACUUAAUUUAUAAUUACGGUUCUAUUAUUACCGGAUGGAGAAAGAUUGAAAAAAUCAGACAAAAGUAAUUUUGUUAUGAUACUCGAGAGUUGAGCCUUAUGAGAAAAAAAUAGUUCUGAAAAUACAAAUCAUUACUUUAUAUUUCAGUAACUCUUUAUGGAGAAUUGUCUCAGUCAUUCGCUGAGAAAAUUCAAUUUUGUUCUCUAUUUUGUAGUUCCUGAAUCCAAUAGAUUGAGUUCGCGGUAGAAAAUAUUUCCCAUCUUUAAAUAAUAGAUAUUCAUAAUGAAAAAGGUGCAUCCAUGGCAUUUAGUUUUAAAAAUUGCAGAUAAUUUUAAUCUUAUUCUGUGCUAAAUGUUGUAAACAUUUGCUGAGAUCGACCCUUUUCAAAUGUAUAUAUAUAUAUGUUUAAUAGAGCCGUUAAUUUGUUGACUAUAUACAAUCAAUUGUGAAUGCAUAACUUGUUGCCAAAUUUUAGGUAUAUAUUUGUAAAUAAAACUUGUAGACGAAGCCAUUGAAUUCUACGUAUGUGUACUGUACACUGCAUACUGACAAAAGUUGAAGUAUCAAAGAUUAACUGUUCUUAAUCAUAAUGCAAAAAAAUAGAACGGGAAGAGUAAUUUCAAAUGUUUCGGUAAAACGUUUAAUUUGUGUUUUGAAUUUAUUUUAGUUCUGGAAUAGCAAAUUAAAAAAAAGGAAUUAUUUCUUGUUUUUAAAAAUAAAUUUUUGAAAUGCGAUACUUAAUUUUUAAACUUUUACUUUCAAAUUUUUCUGUUGAAAUACAUAAAAGUGAUUUCAUGGUCUUCCUGUUUUAUAAUUAGACAUUCCCAGUAUUGAUUGAACUUCGUGAUGCAUUAAACAUUAAACUAUUUUUGUAGUACAUAUAUCUAUUGUGAUUUUUAUCGGUAAAUGAAAGCUUGCUUUACUUCCAAGAUCUUGUGUGUGAUCAGAAGAGACAAUUAAUAUAAUAUCUUAGAUAUAGAAAAUCCAAUAAUUUCGAAAUUAAUCGUAACGGUUUUGUUAGAUGUGAAAGACUUUUUUUCUAAUAAAAUGUCACUGCCUCUCUGCCUAAAUAUUUCAACUUUUCAUCUAGUUUUUUUUUUGUUUAGAAAGGCUUCCACUCACGCCCAAUAACUAAAUAUCGAAUUAAUAUUUAUAAAUCCUCUGUAUUUUAUUUCUCUCUGCAUUUUUUUAUUAUUUUUGUAAUAAUAGUUUUUAUAGUAACUUGUGUUCAAUGCAGUAGAUUUAAUUUUAAUUUGCAACUUUGGUUUGAUAUAAAGAACUUAGAUAUAAAUUAGGUUAUAUGUUCGGCAGAUUAUACUUACAAUGACAUUAAAAUAAUUACAAAAUUGUUUAACCGACGUCAAAAUUAUUGCACUACUAAUAUUUCGAAGCCAUCAUCCUUGUCUAAAAUCUCUAGGUCUUUCAAUAUAAAUUAUUUCUAUCGAAAAGAAUCGCUCAUGCAUAUUUUAUCUUUAUAGAAUUUUCUACGAUUUAACAUAUUCUAGAGAAAAUAAUCAUUUUUAUAUUUUAAUUGUAUCAGUCGUCUUUAUUAGUUUCUAACUAUUUUUAAAUUAUUAUUCGAAUUACAUAUUAUUACCAUGACGAAAACGGAUUUUAUGCAUAUUAUACAAAGAGCCGUAAAAAAGAGAAUGAAUGAAAUCACAUGCUGGUGAUAUUUUAGUUCACUAAGUGAAUACAAAAAUCAUGUAUACUUAAAUAGGUGUUCGUAAAUAAGUUUUUAAAGAGUCACUGAAUCUUGAAUAUGUAAAAUUUGUUUGCAAUCAUGAAUAAUUAGAUUGAAUGUUUGACAAGAUGAGAUGACUCUUUUUUUCUCGAGGAUUGAAAUGAAAAUCUCUGAAUUAUAAAAUAUUGUUCGCUGCGAGUAACUCGCUCAUCGGCUUUAUUACGAAGAGCAAAGAAGUUAAUGGUAAUUUAGAAAACAAAAAACAUGUGUGCAUCACAUUUGAUGAAUUAUACAAAUAAGGUAUUACCGAAUGUUUAUAGAAUUGUAUACAUCUUUAUGCCAUUUAAAAUAUACGUGUGUAUCACAAUUGAUAAA